UUCCCAUUUUCAAUUACUUUUCCUUCCCUUUACUUCUUUAACUUCUUCUCCCUGUUCUUUUUUUUUUCUCCUAUUCUCAGACUUAUUAUAUUCUGAUUCAUCUUAUUAUUACUCAUGGAAGAUAACAAGACACCAGAUAUUCCUUUGCCAUGCACUAAUGGUUGUGGAUUUUAUGGCAAUCCAAUUUUCCAAAAUAUGUGUUCAAAAUGUUUCUCUGAAAAACAAAAAUCAAAAAACUUACAAGCAGCAGCAGCCGCAGUAGCCACCUCAACUACAACAUCGUUAUCAUCACCUGCACCAUCUAUUCCUUCAGAAACAACCACUCAACCAACAACACCAUCCACAACAGAAUCCAAUACAAACAAUAACAAAGAAGAAGAUCAAGUUAACACUGUCAAGUCAGUGUCAGUAACAGAAUCAACAACAUUAGUAGUAGAAGAAGAAGAAUCCAAGGAUGAAAAGCCUGUUCAGAAAAAUAAAGGUCGAUGUUUUGUAUGCCGUACUAAGAUCCCAUUGACAAAACAAUUAACCAACAAAUGCCGCUGUGAUUAUGUCUUUUGUGAUUCUCAUCGAUAUCCUGAUAAACAUGAAUGUCAAUUUGAUCAUGCUUCUAUGGAUAAAGAUAUUUUAGCCAAGAACAAUCCCAAAUUGAACGAUCGACCACGAGGAGGACGAUCAUUCCAACGUCUUGAUAGUGUUUGAUAAUAUUAUUCAUUUUAGUGUAGAAUGAACUAACUAGUUAUCUUUGAUCGUUUUAUAUUCCUUUUACACAAAAAACAUUCCAUUUAUUAUUAUCACACCACCCCACGUGUUUUCAAGCGCUGAAAUCACAUCUUUCUCUCUCUCUCUUUUUUUUUUCUUCUUAUUAUUAUACAUAUACAUUUUUUUUUAUUUUAUUUUAUUAUUCUUUCCCUCUCCACAAUAGUUUAUCGUUUUUAUUUUUCUUGAACAUUAUUAUGUAGAAAUCAUAUGAUACGGUUGAUGGAUAUAUCAUUUAUUAUUCAAUAAAGUUUCAGGAACAACGUUAUCUCUCUCAUAUUA